AUGGGCAGUGCUUACCACUGGGAGGCCCGUCGCAGGCAGAUGGCUUUGGACAGGAGGAGGUGGCUGAUGGCCCAGCAGCAGCAGCAGCAGCAAGAGCAAGAACUGAAGAAACUCCAAGAGGAUGAACACCAAUCUGAGAAAAAAACCCAGCCAUCUCGGCAGUCGCGGCAGGAGUCGCAGCCAUCCCCGGUGCAAUCACAGUCGCCAACGGCGCAACCGCCGCCGCCUCCGCAGGUACCGGAGCAGCCGCAGCCGCCGCCGCCGCCGCCGCCGCCGCCGUCAUCGCCGCCUCCUCAGCCAAACCAACGAAAUGCUCAAGACCUUCUUACUCAGCUCACCUCCCAGUGCAUUCUCCAGGAUUCCAAAAGGCCAGAUCCCCAGCUUGGCUCGGUGGGGACCCAUCAAGCUGGAGGGCAAUCCAACCUCUUUAACAAGGACACAUUCCAAGGAGAGAUGACUGAUCCUCAAGGUACUGGUAAGUGA